UCUUGCAGAGAGUACUACAAUUCUAGUCGGAAGUUUGCAUUACAAUCAAAGAGGCAUGUCCGAUUAUAGAAAGUAUAUAUAUUAUUGAUCAGCCAUGUUGAUAUAUGUAUAAGCAUACAGAAAUGUAUUUAUUUGGGUCGCCAUGCAGAGUAAACACUACAGACUGCUGCUGCGGUGCCUCCUGGUCCUGCCCCUCAUUCUGCUGGUGGACUACUGCGGUCUGCUGACCCACCUGCACGAACUGGACUUCGAGCGGCACUUCCACUAUCCGCUGAAUGACGACGGAGCCGGGUCCUCUGGAAUCGAGGGCUUCUCCUACCUGCGAAUGCCCUCGUUCACGGCCGAAAUUCAGGCUAGGGAUCAGCCCCCGCGGCUCACCCUGCUGAUCAAGAGUGCCGUGGGCAACUUCCAGCGACGGGAGGCCAUCCGGCGCACUUGGGGCUACGAGGGACGCUUCUCGGAUGUCCACCUGCGCAGGGUUUUUGUGCUGGGCGGUGCCCAGGAAAAAAGCGAAAAGGACGUGGCCUGGGAAUCCCGCGAGCAUGGGGACAUCCUGCAGGCGGACUUCGUCGAUGCCUACUUUAACAACACACUGAAAACAAUGCUCGGGAUGCGCUGGGCCAGCCAGCACUUCAAUCGCAGUGAUUUCUACCUGUUCGUGGACGACGACUACUACGUUUCGGCUAAGAAUGUGUUGAAAUUCCUGGGCAGAGGACGGCAUAGCCACCAGCCGGAGUUGCUGUUCGCCGGGCAUGUCUUUCAGACAUCGCCGCUGCGUCACAAGUUCAGCAAGUGGUAUGUUUCACUCGAGGAAUACCCCUUCGAUCGCUGGCCGCCGUAUGUGACCGCCGGGGCAUUUAUGCUCUCGCGAAAGGCGCUUCUUCAGCUCUACUCCACCAGCGUCCAUGUGCCGCUCUUCCGCUUCGACGACGUCUACUUAGGGAUUGUGGCACUAAAGGCCGGCAUUUCCCUCCAGCAUUGUGACGAAUUCCGCUUCCAUCGGCCCACGUACAGGGGUCCGGAUAGCUACAGUUCGGUAAUAGCCUCGCACGAGUUCGGCGAUCCCGCGGAGAUGACACGCGUGUGGAACGAGUGCCGAUCCGCCAACUACGCGUAGCAGAAAGGACCUGGACGAGAUUGUAUAUACGGAUGAGUCACCACCAAUAGACAACAGCCUUAUCAAAGUAGAGUAAAGAUAGUAUUAGUUAAUAACCCGACUAUAUUGAGAGAUUUAUAAUAAGAACUUAAGUAAGAAAACUUUUUUUUUUAAUUUUUCCACUGUAUUCAAUUAAUGCGUGUUCUUAUAUUAUUUUAAAUUAUUACCUUCUCAAUGUUUAUUCAAAAUAAGUAAUACUUUUAAAAACUACCAAA